GUUUGAGAGGCAGAGAGGGGGUAUAGAGUAGAAGAGAGGCAGAGGCAGAAAGCUGUAACUGGACUGCAGAGAAAGUGUGAGAGCACCAAGAUUAGCACAGGUUACAAUGGAGUGGAAGGUCUAUCUGUUCUGCGGCUCCCUGCUGUUUGUUUGCUUACAGUUCCAGAGCUGUGCAGCCCACCCGUUGAUGGACUUGGACAAAGACAGAGACCUGGACACCUUCAAGGGGGUACUGGAGAGGCUGGAAGAGAAACUGGCUCUUAUAGAAGCUUUGGAUGCAGAUGCCACAGAGCCUAAAUCGCAGGAUGUCGAUGCUGCUCGGCUGCCGGUAAUAGAUCAAGAUGACAUUGUCUCCCAGUCGCUGUCAGAUCCACAGCUCCCACUGAAGGACUCGAUCCUCAAAGGGUUAAGGUCCCUGCGAAACCCCAAAAUGAUGAGGGGUUCCGGAUGCUUCGGGAGACGAAUAGACAGAAUCGAUUCCCUGAGUGGAAUGGGAUGUAAUGGAUCCAGGAGAUAUUGACCCAGCAAGGAUUUCAGAUUCUCUUCUGUUUCUUUAAUUCCUAUAAGAAAAUUUGCAUAGACAUUUGUAUUCUAUUUAAGUCUCUGUUCUAAUUUAUUUAUUUAUGACUAUUUAUUUGGUAUUUUAUAACAGCAUUUUGGUAGCACUUCAUAAUUCAUAUUAAAAAUGACAGCUGGCACUUUA